GAAGAAGAAACAAAAGAGGUGUUUUUAGGCCGGAGCUGAGGAUGCGACUGACGGGCGAUGAGUGCAGUGUCCGCAGGUGAUUUACCUGCGCGAACCGGCCGCGUGCCCGCGCUUCACACAGUCAUGCAACGUGCGGUAAAAUCCUCGUGCCCGGUGGUUAAAGUGCCUGAUGAAGCCGGAGAUCAGCAAUGGAGGAGUAGCUGAAACAUACACCUGAUCCGUGUGUGCCAUGGGGAACUGCUGGGCUCACUGUUUUGGGCUCUUUAGGAGAGAAGCCAACAGGAUACAGAGAGGAGGAGGGUCGAAGUACUUCAGAAGUAACACAGCUGGGGAACACUUUACCAUUGAGUUUGAGAAUCUUGUGGAGAGCGAUGAGGGUGAGAGCUCACAAAGCUGCCCCAGACCCAUCAGCGAGGAGGAGAUCAGCCACUUAAAGGAGCAUCGCUAUGCUGCGCUCUCAGACAAACAGGUGCAGAUCGAUGAAAAGCUAAAAGCACAGUUAGUGGCAGAAGAGGAGAAGUUAAGGCUAGAAGAGGAGGCUGUUUUUGCAGCCCAGCGCGAGGCAGCGCGGCUCGCUAAGGAACGAAAGCUAAAGGAGGGGAAGCCCCAGAGGACCAAACUCAGAUCAGAACCAGAGAGCAAAGACAGUCGGCACAAACCAAAAGCAUCCGAUGAAGAUUUUGAGGUGUACCUGCAGAGUGUAAAGGCUCAAUCUGAAGCGUUUCGCAGUAACAGACUGAGCUCUGAGACGAAUGUGGUGACCCCGAACACGGAGAGCAGCUGGGACUUCACCAGUAAGACUGAUGCCACCUCACUGGAGCUGGAGUGGGAGGAUGAGGAGGGAAUGAACCGGAUGGGUCCUGCAUGGGAGCGAUCAAAAACGGAGGAGGAUAUUUUACGCGCAGCUCUCCGUCCUGGCGGGAGGCAGCAGGACAGCGGACCCACCUCCACCUCUGAGGACUCCACGGCUCUGGAGUGGGAGAAUGACUUUGUCAGUGCUCAUCCCGAGGACAGCGGAGAACACGAAGACUCUGCUGGAUUGGUUAAUCCAGCGCUGGACACGCCCACUGAGGAGGCUGAAAAUCAGACAGAGGACCAACAGGAGAGAUAGUCUACAGUCAGAGACAGUGAGAUGACUGUGGUAUCAAACCCCUCAUUUAUAUACAGUGUGAUGAUCCGCUUAACAUAAUAUAUGAAACUAAAUUAAAAUAUCUCAGUGAGAAAGGUAAUUCAACGGAAAGAAAUGCUUUAUGCGACUCAGAAUUUGUUGGUGAGUGAAUUUCACUGAAGUUUUUUGUUUUUGCUUCACCCAUUCCCCCUCCACCACACACACACACUUCUCAAUACUCUAAUACAUCAGGAUAUUUUGGUUUAUAUAUUAAUUACUUUUUACGUUAAUAUAUUUUUUCCUUGUUACAAUACAAAGGUUCUUUGUGGCUCUUUAGGCAAAAAUAGUUAGUUUUGAAGUGUAAUUUUUCAGCAGAAGCAGUGGGGUGGCACUAUACAGUGGGGUGAUUUUUGUCACAUAUAUUGUGUGUGUGUGUUUUGCAAUAUAGUAAUGAGAACUGGGUGGGUAAUGUGGUCAACUUACCCAAACAAAUAGAUUACUCAAUCUAUUAAAAGGCUUUUUAAUUUAUGCAAAUAUAUAUUUUUCUGCUGAAAUAUGACCUGGGGUCUGAUUUAUAACAUUUUUGUUGAAACUAUCCUAAAAGUAAACGUACACCAGAAUCAAUUUAAUGUAUUUAUUUAUCAAAGAUUAUGGCUCAUAGGAUAAUUUAAGUGUCUCAAUUUAGGGUGCUUUCACACCUAUAGAUGAAUUUUGUUCCCAAACAGGGAUUAAAAUUGUUACAAUGUUGCAUUUUGCUCUAGGUUAACUAGGCAGGUUAGGGUAAUUAGGAAAUUUAUUGCAUAACGAUGGUUUGUUCUGUAGACUAUCGAAAAAAAUAACUUGAAGGGGCUAAUAAUUUUGACCUUAAAAUGAUUUUUAAAAAAUUAAAAACUGCUUUUAUUUUAGCCUAAAUAAAACAAGACUUUCUCCAGAAGAAAAAAUAUUAUCAGACAUACUGUGAAAAUUUCCUUGCUCUGGUAAACAUUUGGGAAAUAUUUAAAUAAGUUAAAAAAAAACAAAGGGGGAUAAAAAUUCUGACUUCAACUGUAUAUAUGUAAAUGUGUGUGUGUGUGUGUGUGUGUGUAUAUGUAUACACAUUCACAGUUAAAAUCAGAAUUAUUAUCCCCCCUGUUUAUUUUUUCCCCCAAAUGUCUGUUUAGCGGAAUUUUUUUCAACACAUUUCUAAUCAUAAUAGUUUUAAUAACUUAUUACUACUAACUGAUUUAUUUUAUCUUCGCCAUGAUGACAGUAAAUACUAUUUUACUAGAUAUUUUUGAAGACACCUUAUACAGCUUAAAGUGACAUUUAGAGGCUUAACUAGGUUAAUUAGGUUAACUAGGCAGGUUAGAGUAAUUAGGCAAGUUUUAACUAUGGUUUGUUCUGUAGACUAUCGAAAAAAAAUAGCUUAAAGGGGCUGAUAAUUUUGACCUUAAAAUAGUGUUAAAAAAAUUGAAAACUGCUUUUAUUCUAGCCGAAAUAAAACAAAUAAGACUUUCUCCAGAAGAAAAAAUAUUAUCAGACAAACUGUGAAAAUUUCCUUGCUCUGUUAAACAUCAUUUGGGAAAUAUUUAAAAAAGAAAAAAUAUUCAAAUGGGGCUAAUAAUUGUGGGUGUGUGUAUGGAUGGAUGGAUGGAUGGAUGAAUGGAUAAAUAUGCCUAUUACAUAACCUAUAUCAAAGUGUAUUAUGGAUUUUUUUUAGUUCGUUGGAUCAUGUCGCUUUUUUUACUACAACCGAACUGCUCUAGAGUUUGUUUCAACCGAGUCAAGACCGAUUGUUUUGGUGCAUAUCCGAGUGCAAUUGCGAGAUUCACUUAUGACCAAACGAACCAAGCUAACAGGACAAAUGCACCACGUUCCGAAACAAAUGUCUAUGUGUGAAAGCACCCUAAAAGUGAAAUGUUUAUUUGGCUUUCCUCCAUCUGCGCACAUUCUCCUGUCACGUUUGUUUUUAUAGAUAACAAUUUUUGCAUGAGAAGUGCCGUACGCACAUUUCUACCCGUUUUGUGCAUAUGCCACAGUUAUAAAUGAGACCCCCUGGUCAUCUGCUUUCGUGAAAUUCACUCUAUUGGGUCGUAGAUUCAUUAGGAUUUGCUUUUCCUGGGUUAAUUUGCCCCCUUUUUGAAUGUGGUGCAGCUGUAAUUUAUUUAUAUCUGUUUCCAUUUGGUAACUGGGUUGAGUUUUGAAAAUUCUUGCAUCAAUACUUCAUGUCUUAAUCUUUCACUUCAGCCUUAUUUCACAAGUUUUCAUUACAGAACUGAAUCAAGUGCAAUUUUGGAAGAUGAGGGACGUUUCUUUAUAGCUACAGAACUAUCAUAAUUUCCAUUCAUUUGCAUAUAAUAACAGUCAUCUGAUCUGAGUGUGGCUUCAGAAACACUGACAUGCUAAAUUUUGGGCUAAAAUAUAUUUCCUCAACAAAAGAUGGAAAUAAAUACAUCGGGAAACAUUUUACAGUAGUCCCAAAGUGCUUUUAAUAGAGUUAAUUUUAAUCUGUGUAUGAUUGCUGGUCGGGGAUUUUGUUGACAAACUGCUAAUAGGGGUGUGCGAUAUUUACAGUUUUGUCGUUUUAAACACGUAUGCAAACUUAUAUUAUCUUUCUUUGUCACAAACUUUGCAAAUAAAUUAAAUAAACCAAACAAAAACAUGUUUAGAGAUCAAAAAGAAUUAAAUGCGAAAUAAAAUGAAUGAGCCUAUAAUUCGUUAUAAGGACAAAACAGAUCAUUGUAUGGAGUUGUUUUGUAAGAGAUGAGUGUCGCUUUCUUGAAUAUCAGCAAAUGGGAAACUAAUUUUAUACAACAGUGUAUCAAAUAAGAAAUUAAAAUUGAGUUUUUGACAUGAUGUCCUUUCUUUUUGGCUUGCACUGAAAAAGUAGUCAUGACAACAUGUGUUUUAGUUCUUAAUCUUGUUCUACAUAUAAAAUUAAAGUUAUGGAAGCUGUUUUACGUCAGUUUAAUAUAAUAGAAGUUCAAAUAAGGUUAAUUUGAUUCACUGUAAAAAAAUUUAAGGCAACCAGUACUUUUUACCGUGUAGGCUUCGCCAGUGAAAUUUGGUCAAAAUGGCAACACAUGAUUGUACAUCUCAAAGCAACAUAGUUUUUUUUUCUUUUCCUUUUUGGUUAUUAAUUUUUUUUUUUUAAAUCUAAAAUAACUUCAAUGAUUCUAUGAGUCUCUUGCUUUUGUUUCUAAAUGAAUCAGUCGUAAACAAAUCAUGUUUCUGUUAAUAUCGCACACUCUGUAUAGCUAAGCAGGUUAUUCUUUACACUGGCUGCUGCAUGUUUGGACAAUGAAUCAGAAAUGGGGAGAAUAUUCCAUGAUGAAACAAAUCUUCAGUCACUACCUCUGGUUUUGAUCAUUUUGACUUAACUGAAUGAAUUAGCAGUGUCUUGCUAUGUUUGGAAAUGAUCAGUGAUCAUUAUAACAUUCCAAUAUUCUUUCUGAAACAUGCCAGUGUUGUCAAUUUAAUCAAAGAAGUUGGCUUACACUUCAUUUUAAGGUUUCCUUGUUACAGUGGUACUAUUCAUUUAACUUCUGAGUACUGCACUUACUCAGUAAAAUAAGUAUAACAUAUGUGUACUGAUAUGGUACUUGUAUGGCAAUUAUAUGGGUUAGAAUGUGGGUUGGGUGUAGUGUUAGUUGCAUGUAAUUGUGCAUAAUUAAUUGUAAUUACUACAGGUAACAGGUAACAAUGACACCUUAAGAUAAAGUGUUACUAAAAAGUAUUAUUUUUCUUUUUCACUUAUUGAGGCUACGUCUACACUAAUCCGGAUGAAUUUCAAAAUGGCGUUUUCAUUUAAUAACGCUCCAUGUCUACACUAUCAUUUUCAGUUCUUUACAUCAUCCACACUAAAACAACUGAAACCGGUUUCGUUUAUGUACUGCGCAUGCCCACAGAUGUAAGAUGCUUUUACCUGCGACCUUUCCGCCUGUUGUUUAUUUACUUUUCGUCUCUUUCGAACGUUGCGGCAAAAUGUCGCAACUGUUGUCUGCUUCCGCCGCUGAACAAAUUUGUUCAUUGAACAUUCUGUCUGAAUAGAGGCAAUACGGUGCAUGUACAAAUGAACAUUAAUCCUUAAUAAAGCUGUCAAAACGAACUGCAUCCGAAACGUCUGCUUUACAAUGUCGUUGAAUUGGUCACUUGACUGCGUCACAUCGAUUUCGGUUUCGAAAGCCUCCGUUUUGACAACACAGUCUCACAGCAAUUCGUAACUUUUUGAUUUAGUUGCUAAUUUGCAUUAAUUCAUACAAUCUUAUUUGUACAAUUUAGUAUGUUUCGCUUUUCCCCUAAUGACAGUUGGGUUUAGGGGUGGGGUUGGGUGCCACGCCUCCUUUUUAAAAUCGGACAUUUUUGUAUGACUCAACUCGUAUUAGCCACUAAACUGACAAAACGUAAAAUAGUUACGAUCAGACUAGAUUUUACGGUCCACACUGCAACGAGAUCGUUGUUUUUCAAUUUAUCCACUUUGAAUAGCGUUUUCAAAAUGAUACGUUUUCGUUUCCUAAAAACGCUGACUCGGUGUGCACGGAAGGACAAAACUGGGAGAAAAAAUGCAAUUGUAAACUAAAACACAUUAGUGUGGACUUGGCCUUUUACUAUAAAUCUUAUUUUAAUCCUGUAAUGUGAAAAACAAAUGAUGCGGAUACUAAAACAAUCAACUUUUUUUAUUUGCGCAUCUUGUUUUAUUUGUUAUAUAAUAAAAAUCCCUUUUGAUUUUAGAGUGAAAUAUGAAAUAUUACCUGUACAUUCACUAAUUGUGAAUUGUUAAAAUUCUUCACAUUUUGACAAUAAAUCCAUACUGUAGGGCUGGGCAAUUAAUCAAAGACAUUAUUUUCAUGCGCAUUAUCAGUAAAGCCGGUUCAGAUGGAGCUGAGUAUGCUACACAGAGUCGUAGUUUACUGACAAGCUACGCACAGGCAUGUUUAAAGUCAAUUUAAUCUGUUGAUAAUGAAUUCGAAAUGAUCGUUCUGAUAAUAACAGCUGUUCGUGUCACUUCCCAGUCAACUACGGCUGGACAGUAAAUGCUGCUGGGUAAAAAAACACAAUUAUGAUUUUAUUGCCAACUUGCCUUAUAACUUCACUGAGGGAUUUUAGAAGGAGCAAAACAAUAUUUUUGAGGUUUUACGACACUGUUGAUCCACUGGUUUCUCCAGCCUGAUCUCACGAGGAAACUAUUUUACGUUUUGUCAGUUUACUGGCUAGUUUGUACGAAUUCGUACUAGUUCAGUCAUACGAAAAUGUACGAUUUUUAAAGGAGGCAUGGCACUAAACCCCACCCCUAAACCCACCCGUCAUUUGGAGAUAAGCAAAUUGUACAAAUGAGAUCUUACGAAUUCAAAAGAAAUAGCCACUAAAUCAAAAACUUACAAAAUGUCGUGGAUUGCAUUGGUUUGUCCAAAAAUGUCCUAUCGCGACCAUUUUUGACAUCACAUGAUCUGCUAAAUCAAAACCAUGACUUUUAUUUUUUUGAAGCACGUCCUGAAAUUUAUUUGCUAAAUGUGUUUUCAUUGUAAGUUGUACACAUUUUAUCUUGUCGAAUACAAAGUUUACUCAGCUGCAGUGUUGCCAGAUGUAGCUGACUGAUUCCAGCCCAAAAGCUAUCCAAAAACCGCCGAAAUGCAAAAUGACCCGCCCAGUCAUCUGGAACUCAAGUUACUGUCGCCAGAAUCGCGCUCCGUGGUGAAGGGUCGGGGAUGGGUGACGGUAGCCAAAAUCAUGCUCCGUUUUCAAAGCAGUCCAAAUUUUCACUACCCGUCUUUGUCUUUUUUUUUUUACCCGCAAAAAUAAAUUGAAACCCGCCCAAUAUGGCAACACUGCUCAGCUGUGCGCAUGCGUUUAAAAAAAAUUUGCGCAUUUCGCCAUUUCCAUUUUUUUUUAUGCGAGAUUUCAAAACACGCAUAAAAAUAGAUGGAUGGCAACAUAACUCGUGAAUCUCAUAUUUGCCUCGAGUUUGAGUCUGAAUUCAACCUAAUGCUUCUAAACGUUUCCCUGAAUUGUGUAUAUAAUGAACACAAGAGUUUCUGUACAGCACAAUCAUGUUUGCGUUUAGUUCUACCAGCACACCUUAAAAGACACGUAUUCUUGUCACCUGAAUGUAAAAUGUUUGUUUUAGUUGAUUGAUUUUUUUUUUAGAGUGUCGAUCACUUCACUCAUCUUGUUUGAAGAGUUUGGGAGCACAUAUGCAAAAAUAUGAAUGUUUGUCAAAGUUCAACUCCCCCUUGUGGUCGUAAAUAACUUUGUGUGCAAUGGAAAGAACCCUAUCUGUGUGUUUUUGGUCGGUAUUGUCAAACUUAAGACGGGGUUUGCAGCUUUAACAGAAUCUCAAAUGAAAGUUUGAGAGUAUCAACAUUGAUACCUGGCCUUAUUUUGUAUUAUGGGAAGAGUGUGUUUUAUUGUGUAAAUGAAAUACGGGUGUUCUUGAUUUUAAAAAGAAAAUCUAAUGCUGAACAUUCCAUGAAAGAAAUUUCCAAAGCGCUUCCCAACUCUUCGGCAGAGCUUAGACGUUGCACAUUUUUAUUUCAGAUCAUAUCCCGCGUUAGAAGAACUUCUUUGAUUUUUGUUUUUUUGAGUGUUUGGAAAUCUGUCAGAUAAUCUGAAUGUAAACUGUUUCAUCAUUUCUGUAUACAGUAAUUAAGACCUCGGGUUAAAUCUGACUGCUAAUAAAUGAUAACAUUACA